AUGAGAGGCGCUCUUUCCUAUCCACCUGCCUCCACAAACCGUCCCUUCCACCCUGCCAACCAAACACCAAACCCCAAACCCCAAACCCUCCGCACCCACGACCUGACCGCUCGCAACAGCGCGCUUGCCACCUCAGCCAUGGAUAUGCCACCGAGGCGGAUACGACAUGCGGAAAAACACAUGCUGAACCUUCCUCGGGAGGUUCGUGACUUGAUCCUGAAGAGUUUCAUUUCGCUCUGCUGGGAGAAUUAUCCGCUCUUCGACAACUGGCCAAACGGCGAACGCAUAGCCAAGGCGCAGUUACAUCACGUUGUCGGCCCCUAUGCCGAUAACACCGGCGUUAGGAACCUACUUCUCGUCAACAAGCAGCUCUGCACCGAGCUUCGAGAGACUCUGACAAAGCACACCCAACAGACUCUGAAAGUUACAUAUCCCGACUUCAACGAUGUUCUACUCUCUGACUGGCUAAACAGCAACCUUCUGAAGCGCGAGUGGAGUCCGCCCAUGUCUGCUGCCUACUACGCCAGCCUCAGGCACGUCGAGGUGCAGGUAGACAUGGGCGACUUACGGCUAGCUCCCUUGUCAUUCAACGCCAGCACCACCGUCUUCACGGCAUACGCCCAAGAUGUUUUCAGAGCCUUUCCUGCACUUACAAGCCUUGCCAUGACGCUUGUUUUGAAGAGCUUCGACGACGUGUACAGCUCGACCCCGGCAGUUACGGUGUUGAGAAGACGUUUUGUAGACAACUUCCUGAGCUACAAAUUCAGCCCAUUCGGCUAUCGACUUCGUGGAAGAGGCGUCUUCACCAAGUCAGUCAUCAGCAAGGACACUUUGCCGGCCCUUGCCCUUCAUGUUCAAGUCGACGGGUUCAAGGAGCAACAGCCAUUCGUUGUCUCACGCAUUGACCGUGACCCGAGGUUUGACAUAUGUUGGAAGCUGGCUCUUGACCGUGCGCUCGCGUCCGCGUUUGAGGGCAAACACAUCUUUGUACAGGAGAUCAGCGUGUACGAAGAACGCUUUCGGAAGCUCAAGCUAGUCUAUGCCGCGUGGGAGCGGCAUGGACAGCCGGGAGGAAGGGAGUUCUGGAGACGAAUGGUUUGGGAGGUGGCCGAGGAGGCCGUAGAGGACAUACGUCAUCUAUUCGAGCAGUAG